AUAUAUCCAUUAAGUUUCAUUAUAGAGUGAUUACAUCGUCAAUAUUUAAUUUAAAGUUGUAUAUGAAAUGUUGGCUAUGUCUCCUCGACAAUGGCCCCUUCUGGUAUCCUAAUUAGUGGUAAUUUCGGCUGAUAUCUAACUAAACCUGUUGUUUACAUGGGGGGGGGGUGGCCCUGCGGUUUACCGCACCGGGCAAUCAUCCGGGCGCCCCUUAACAAACUGUCCAAUCACAAGACGGCUACUUAGUCCUUAGAUAAAGUACACUAGGAUGAAAGUCGCAGAAAAGUUAUUAGUCAUUCCCAAGUUUGCGAGACGGUUUGGAAGUUCAGCCUUUUUGGCAACGCGUUUUUGCGCUCGUUAACAAAUGUUACUUUUAGUCUGCGUUCGAUUUUUGUCAUACUGGAGAGUAUGACUUCCCAAAUUGACUCAAAAUAUGUGUUUCCAGAGGAUGUACGUCCACAACCACUGAAUAAUUUUACAACACAGGAGACCUGCUUGCCUUUCAGCGUGGAAGCGCUUAUUUCAGACAAGAGCCCACGUAUACGACCGGGAAAUGUUGACACAACGAGGAAAGGUUGUUAUUCGACUAAAAUACGGUCUCCUGCCUCAAACGAGUUACCACAACGCGUUGUGCGAGACGCUCCAGUCAAAUCUCAGUCGUUGGAAAGGGGAGACUGCACGCCUUGGAUGACCCGCUCGGAGAUCCCUACACCGCCCCGGCAGCUCAGUCCAACAGUGUGUUCUUUGAGAAAACACAAGACCAACCGGAAGCCCCGCACUCCCUUCACCACCUCCCAGCUCCUGGCCCUGGAGAGGAAGUUCCGCCAGAAGCAGUACCUGUCCAUCGCCGAGCGGGCCGAGUUCUCCUCCGUGCUGACCUUAUCCGAGACCCAGGUGAAGAUCUGGUUCCAGAACCGCAGAGCCAAAGCCAAGCGACUCCAGGAGGCAGAGGUGGAGAAGCUGAAGAUGGCCGCCUGUGUAGGGGGAAAAGCCGUGUUCCCGAGCUCAUGCUACUCGUCUUCCUCUGCUCCUUUCCCUUUCCGCGUUCCCCCGCAGCUGGGGUCAUCUCUGCUGUAUGGACACAGCUUUUCAUACGCACGCACUCCCAUCAUGCCCGCCACCGCCGCCGCCGCACAUCUGGCCAUGUUCAGAGCCCCGUUGGGAUUCAACCUGUUCCACCUCUCCUGAGACGAGGGGACACACGUGGGGGGUCUGGUCCCUGGACCAGGACCCAGCCGUGAGGACUAGCAAUAUGCUUAUUGGAUAUAGGGAUAUUAUGGAAUUAUGCACCUUAGUAGAGAUCCUAUUGGCCUCAUCACUUUAUCCAAAGAGGACCCAUCGGUGGAUUUGAAUCUGCAUGUACAUGACCUGUCUUUUUCUAUGUUUGUUUUAUUAUAAAAUUAUACACAGUUCAAUUCACAACCUCUGGGUUCCUCCAGGUUGGAUUGAAGGACUAUGAAACCCGGCCAGCAGCAAUGAGAUUCUCUUCCUGUACAGAAGAGUUCUGC